AUGGCCUAAUUGACUUAUAUUAGUUUACAUUUCAAAAUGGUAAUUUUAGGUAUGGCCAACAUUGGUAAAAUUUAUUUAUUCAAUUCUAUGUAGAUUCAAUAUGCUAAGUAAACAAUUUUAUUCCAGCAGAAAAUUGCCCAUUUUGCACUAUUGAUCUAAAUUAAGCAGUAAUUUAAGGUAUCUGAUCCUAAAUUUAAAUAUCUUUGUCAGAUUUUUAAACUUAAAUCAUAGAUUAUCUCUACUCUAUGA